GGACUCUUCCUCGAUUGUCUGUAUCUAGCAUCAAGCAAUCUACUUCUGUCUCAAACAUUCCAUCUCUUCACCUAAACAAACCCUUAAAAGUCAAUCUCCAAAAGACUAUCAAAAUGGCCUCCUUCAAGCACUUCGCCCAAGCUCAAUCCAAAUUCGAGAUCCCCCCUCUCUCAGGCGGAAACACUUUCAUCGGCGACAUCCACUCCACGCCCGAAGGCGCCGAGAAGCCCCUGGCCAUGGGCCUUUUCCGCGUCAACAAGGGCGAGCCUCUCACAUACACAUACAAGUACGACGAGUGCAAGAUCAUCCUUGAGGGAAACUUUGUCAUUGAGGACUCGACGGGCCAAAAGGUCGAGGCCAAGGCUGGGGACGUGUUUUAUAUCCCCAAUGGCGCUACGCUUACUUUCUCUUCGCCGGAUACAGGGUUGGCGUUUUAUACUGGUGCGAGAAAGAUGGGCGAUCUAUAGAUGGGAAGGGCUUGGAUAGCGGGAUCUGAUAGAUUAGAAUGCUUCCAUAUAUGAAGCUCUCAAUUAAGCCAGUAACCCAAGUUAAACUCA